GGAAGUAAAUAUUUUUUGUAAAUCUAAAUAACAAAGUAAGUAACCUUUGAACUCACUCUAUUGUUUUCCUAUAAAUACUCAGCACCACUCUUCAACCGAAUCUCACUCACCUUCGAUCGCUAAUAAACUCUUUCUUCUUUCUCUAUAACCGUUUUCAAUAUUACUUUUUCUCUCUCUCUUUCUUUUUUCACACACAAACCGUAACCAUGCUUGUCUACCAGGAUCUUCUCACAGGUGAUGAGCUUCUCUCUGACUCAUUCCCCUACAAGGAACUUGAGAAUGGAUUGUUGUGGGAAGUUGAAGGAAAGUGGGUUGUUCAAGGAGCAGUUGAUGUAGACAUUGGUGCUAACCCUUCCGCAGAAGGCGGAGGCGAAGAUGAAGGUGUUGAUGAUCAAGCUGUCAAAGUUGUCGACAUUGUCGACACUUUCAGACUUCAGGAACAACCAGCUUUUGAUAAGAAGCAAUUUGUGACUUUCAUGAAGAGAUAUAUUAAGUUGCUAACACCUAAAUUAGAGGGUGAGAAACAAGAGUUGUUUAAGAAGCACAUUGAAGGAGCAACUAAGUAUCUUCUCCCAAAACUCAAGGACCUUCAAUUCUUUGUUGGUGAGAGCAUGCAUGAUGAUGGAAGUCUCGUGUUUGCUUAUUACAAGGAUGGUGCCACUGAUCCAACUUUUAUCUACUUUGCUUAUGGCUUGAAGGAAAUCAAGUGCUAAUUAAGCACACUGGGAUUUAUGUUUUUUAAUUUCUAGUUUAUAAGUGAUUUUGGGUUUUUGAUUUUGAAAUACAAUUAAGUUUUUAUGAGUUUAGUUUGUUCUAAUUAGGAGAUUGUUUCAAUGUUCACUUUUUUAUAUUGUUUCUGAUAUCAUUGUGAGAGCAACAUGUUACAAUUAUUAUCGUUAUGAGAUUUAGUAGUUAGUUA